AGGGAGCGGGCGGUGGGCAGCGGGCAGCGAGGCGGGCCCUGCGGGUUGGCGAGGCAGGCGAGGCUCCCCUUGGGCCCGGGCCGGACCAUGCCGAUCCUCCUCUUCCUCAUAGAUACGUCGGCCUCCAUGAACCAGCGCGCCUACCUGGGCACCAGCUACCUGGAUAUCGCCAAGGGCGCCGUCGAGCUCUUCAUGAAGCUGAGGGCGCGGGACCCGGCCAGCCGCGGCGACAGGUACAUGCUGGUCACCUUCGACGAGGCGCCCUUUUGCAUCAAGGCUGGAUGGAAGGAAAAUCACGCCACUUUUAUGAAUGAACUGAAAAACUUGCAAGCCUCGGGAUUGACGACUCUUGGACAGGCCCUGAGAUCAUCGUUCGACCUUCUGAACCUCAACAGAUUAGUGUCUGGAAUAGACAACUAUGGGCAGGGAAGGAAUCCUUUUUUUCUAGAGCCAUCUAUUUUAAUCACCAUCACAGAUGGAAACAAACUGACAAACACUUCUGGUGUUCAGGAAGAGCUUCACCUCCCUUUGAAUUCCCCGCUCCCUGGGAGUGAGCUCACCAAAGAACCCUUUCGCUGGGACCAGAGGCUCUUUGCCCUGGUGCUGCGCUUGGCUGGAGCCUCUUCAGUGGAACCCGAGCAGCUGGGGAGCGUCCCCACCGAUGACUCCGCCAUCACACAGAUGUGUGAAGUCACAGGAGGACGCUCAUAUUGUGUUCGGACACAACGAAUGUUGAACCAGUGUUUAGAAUCGCUCGCUCAGAAGGUUCAGAGCGGAGUUGUGAUUAAUUUUGAAAAAUCAGGACCAGAUCCAUCCCCCAUUGGGGAAGAUGGGCUUGUUGACCCCAUGAGGCCAGUCAACUCUUUUGGAUCUCAACCCUGGCACAGCUGCCAUAAGCUUAUCUAUGUGCGGCCAAACCCAAAAACAGGCGUUCCUGUUGGACACUGGCCAAUCCCUGAGUCUUUUUGGCCUGAUCAGAAUUCGCCAACCCUGCCACCCCGCACAGCCCACCCAGUGGUGAAGUUCUCCUGCGUGGAUUGCGAGCCCAUGGUGAUCGACAAGCUCCCGUUCGACAAGUAUGAGCUUGAGCCCUCACCGUUGACGCAGUACAUCUUGGAACGGAAGUCGCCUCAUGCGUGCUGGCAGGUUUUUGUGAGCAGCAGUGGCAAAUACAGUGAGCUGGACCACCCUUUUGGCUACCUGAAGGCCAGCACCACCCUCACCUGCGUCAACCUCUUUGUGAUGCCUUACAACUACCCUGUCUUGCUCCCGCUUCUAGAUGACUUUUUUAAGGUCCACAAACUUAAGCCCAGUAUGAAGUGGCGGCAAGCUUUGGACAACUACUUAAAAACCAUGCCUCCUUACUACUUGCUGCCAUUAAAGAAAGCCCUAAGGAUGAUGGGAGCUCCAAAUCUGAUAUCAGAUAAUUUAGAUUGUGGACUUAGUUACAGUGUUAUCUCUUACCUUAAAAAACUCAGCCAACAGACGAAAACGGAGUCGGAGCGGAUAAUCUCUUCGGUGGGGAAGAAGCCGCCCCAAGAGACGGGCAUUAAAGUCAAAAGCCACUCCAGCGGUCUCUCCUUGAUCCAGAGCCGGGAUUUCAAGCAGCUGCUUCAAGGCAUCUCGGGGGAAUCGCCGCUCAGGCUGCCUGAGAUGAGCGUGAAGGAAUUUGCUGGGUUCCAUAUAGGGCUCUUGAACAAGGAUCUGAAGCCGCAAGCCUACAGGAAUGCUUAUGAUAUUCCCCGGCGCAAUCUUCUGGACCAGCUGACCCGGAUGAGGACUAACCUUCUGAAAACACACAAGCUGAUUCUAGGCCAGGAUGAAGAUUGCCUUCACAGUGUCCCUGUGGCUCAGAUGGGGAAUUACCAGGAAUACCUGAAGUUGAUGCCUUCCCCACUUCGGGAAAUCGACCCCGACCAACCCAAAAGGCUCCAUACUUUUGGGAACCCUUUCAAGCAGGACAAGAAGGGAAUGAUGAUUGAUGAAGCGGACGAGUUUGUGGCCGGUCCCCAGAACAAGAUCAAGCGUCCCGGCGAGCCCAACACCCCAGCCUUCCUCAAGCGGAGGCGCAGCAUGUCUCCGCUUCUUCGGCGGCCCCAGUCUCCUCCCGUUGUGGCCAACCAUGUCGCGGGGAAGGGGCCUCUGGUCCCCGCAGGGUCCCCUGCCAACCCCRGCCUUAAAGCCGCACCAGCGUUCAAAGAUGCAAACAGCAAUAUGGUGCAAGAAGGCAAUGGGGAUAAGAAGUUGGAGACCCUCCAGUCGCCAGAGGGGCCGGGCGAAGGGCUACCCUCCCUCUUGGCUCCGGUGACCCCCACGAGGGAUGAGGACCUGACCAACGACGUAGACGCCUUUCCUGGAGAGUUGAACUGCCUCGGGGAGGACGGCCUGGACCACCGGCCGCUGACCAACUCCCUUUCCGCUCGGAGCCCAGUGAACUACAGCGAUGCUGCGGCCGAGGACCCGAAGCUCACGGUGGAGCUGCCCUCGGGGACGGUCCCCAACUCUGUGAAGAUCACACCCAGCAUGUUUGAAGGCAACAAUGAAGUGAUCAAGAUCAAAGUCAUGAAGGAGGUCCGCAAGCCCGGGAGAAACUAUGAGAAAAUAUUUUCUCUGCUUGAAGAAGUGCAAGGCCCCGCUGCUGUUCAAAAAUAUUUCAUUGAAUUUGCGAUCAAAGAAGCAGCAAGGUUUAAAAAACGGGUCUUGAUUCAGCACUUAGAGCGAAUCCUAGAGGACAUAGAGCUCGGCGAGCUGCCCAACAGAAUUAACCACGUCAACAGUAGAUAAUGAUCAGCGUGCCACCGAGGAGGAGCCACACGCGUGCGGGGCCCAGGGAGAAAACGCGUCGCCUGUGUCGCAGAAGAGGAGGAAAGGGGACAGAAGAGGACGUGGCAGCAGAGAAGCCGGGCGACUUUUCCAUCGGAGUCGGAGAGGGAAAAGGGUGGUGUUUUCCCAUCCAUGGCCUUCUCUUUGCUGGGAAACAGAUGGAUUUGCCACGGCGGAAGGCGCUGUUUCCUCCCUCGCUCCCUCCCUCCUUGUUCUGCUGCGGAGGAGGGCCAGAUCCGAAGACCGAGGCCGGCGCCGCCUUCGCCUGCAGGUGAUGAGCCUUUACACUCCUCCUUUGAGCCUUUGUCCUGAGAUGCUUGAUGCUGCUCCCUUAGUGGGAUCGUUUUGAGAGCUGGCGAGAGAGAGGGAGACACAGAAAUAUGACCCCCUCUGGUUGUAGCAUUGCAUGUUGUUGCUCUAGGCGCUGAGGAAGGGUAAAUGCAAGUGGUGAGAAUGUAAAGCGGAGUUGCUGAAACUGGGUUGAGGCGCAAGCAGUGGAGCGCCUACUGCUCCUUCCUUCCUAGCAUCCUACCUCAGCCUCUCUUCUCUUUUGUCUGCAGACUGUAUGAAAAGUGCGCCCGAGGCUCCCCCAGGUCCAGAACUUCGGUUCUCUUCCAUCCUGUGAGGAGGACACAGACUCUUCACGGUGGACUUGGCUUCGAAGCGCUUAGAGGAAACCGUGGGGCUCAAUAAUAACACUUUAGAAACACUGAAAAAACAAAACCCACCCCUUUUCCUUCCCUAUAUAUAUAUAUAUAACCUUUUAAAUGUUCAUACGAGAAAAGAUUAUUUUGGGCAGAUCUUUACUUUGAUAUAUUGGAAUGAUGUGUAUUCGUGUAUGUGUAUAUGUACAUACAUACAUACAUACAUAUAUAUAUAAAUGUAUAUGAGAGAUUUUUUUGGACACUUGUAUAUAAUAAAAAGAACAUUU